CUCCCAUGCGGAUGCAGGGACCCAAGCACCUGGGCCAUCCUCCACUGCCCUCCCGGGCCACAGCAGAGAGCUGGACUGGAAGAGGAGCAACCAGGACUAAAACCUGGGGUGCUGGUGCUGCAGGCGGAGGAUUAGCCAAGUGAGCCAUGGCGCUGGCGCCCCAGCAUUACAUUUCAACCCUUAGACCUGGAAUUUACCCUAACCUCAUAACUCACUGAGGACGUUGAACUUUCUCAACCAAGCAGGAGACCCCAGUUCAAUCUCUAGAGCCACCUAAGGGAGUUGUACCUCAAUUUCCUCUAUAUCAGGAGGUGACAGUUCAAACACCAGGUCAGAAUCAAGCUCAGUAUCCAAUGUCACCCAACAUCACACACAGACCUUUGGACCUGGAGCUUACUAUUCCUCCAGAACCCACUAUGGAGGCUGAACAUUCUGUCACUCUGAAGAAGACCAUGUUUCCUCCAAAACACCCUGCGGUGACACUUCCAUCCCCUGGCCAGGUUCAGACUCAACAUCCAAACCAGACUCAAGGCACAGUUCAACAUCUGGACCUGGGACUUAUCAUAACCCCAGAACCCAGUGAAGAGAUUGAACCUUCUCCAAACAUGCAGGAGACUCAAACUCAGCUUGCAGAGCCACCUAAAGAGGUUGUAGCUUGGGGCUGGCAGUGUGGCAUAGCGGGUAAAGCCACGGCCUGCAGUACUGGCUUCCCAUAUUUCGAGUCCUGGCUGCUCCACUUUCGAUCCAGCUCUCUGCUAUGGCCUGGGAAAGCAGUGGAAGAUGGCCCAAGUCCUUGGGCCCCUGCAUCCACAUGGGAGACCUGGAAGAAGCUCCUGGCUCCUGGCUUUGGAUUGGCUCAGCUCUAGCCAUUACAGCCAAUUGGGGAGUGAUCGAGAGGUUGGAAGAUCUCUCUCUCUCUCUCUUUGCCUCUCAUUCUCUCUCUGUGUAACUCUUUCAAAUAAGUAAGUAAAUCUUUAAAAAAGAGAGAGAUUGUAGCUCAGCCUCCAGUGUAUUAUGUUCCAACACCAGGUCAGGAUGAAGCUCUGUCUCCAGUGUCAUCCAAUGUCGCAGAUCAACCUUUGGACCUAGCAUCUACCAAUAUAUAAAUAUAUUCUUCUGGGACUCCCAUGUGCAUGUAGGGGCCCAAGGACUUGGGCCAUCUUCCAUGGCUUUCCAGGCCAUAGCAGAGAGCUGGAUCAGAAGUGGGGCAGCCAGGACUCAACCCGGUGCCCAUAUGGGAUGCCAGCAGUGCAGGCAGUGGCUUUACCUGCUAUGCCACAGCACCAACCCUGCACCCACCAUUACUCCAAGACCUACUACAGAGUCUGAACAUUCUACAGCCCUGAAGACAACUACAGCUCCAAAUCCAGACAAGAUUCAGACCUGGCAUCCAAAUCGACUCAAGUCACAGUUCAACAUUUGGACUUGGAACUUACCAUAGCUUCAGAACCCUGUACGGUGUUUGAAUCCUCUCUGACCACUCAGGAGACUCCAAAUCAGACUCCUAAGGCAACCUCCACUCUGUACCAAGAGGGGACAGUUAGAACACCAGGUCAGGAUCAAGCUCAACACCCAGCAUUGCCCAACAUCACUGUAUAGUCUUUGGACCGAGUGCUUACCAUAACCAAAACUUACUAUGGAGGCUGAACAUUGUUCAGCCCUGAAGAAGACUACAGAACCUCCUCCAGUGCACUCUGAGGCAACGCUUUCCUGUCCAAACCUAAAUGAAGUCAGAGUUCAACCUUUUGACCUAGAACUUACCUUCACUUCAUAAUCGAAUAUGGACAUUGAACAACCUCCAGUCAUGUAGGAUAGCCCAGAUCAGCCUCUAGAGCCACCUAAAAAGAUUGUAGCUCCGCCUCUGGUGUAUUAAUGAGGUGACAGUUCUAACACCAAAUCAAGAUCAAACUUAGCAUCCAAAUUUCCCAAUGUAACAGUUCAACUUUUGAAGCUGGAACUUACCAAAGCCCCUUUGCUUAGUAUAGACACAUUCUACAGCUGUGAAGUCUGCAGUUCUAUAUGUGAUGUACCCAGAGAUGACUUCCAUACCCAGACUAGAUCCAGACUCAGCAUCUAAACCUGGACCCGGAAAUUACCUUAACUCCACAACCUAGUGUAUAAUUUAAACCGCUACAACCAUGCAGGAGACCCUAGCUCAGCUUCCUGAACCAUAUAAGGUGGUUGUAAUUCAACCCCCAGUGUAUUAUGGGAUGACAGUUCCAACACUGGCUCCGGAUCAAGUUCAGCAUCUGCCCAGUGUCACAGUUCAGCCUUUGAAGCUGAAGCUGACCAAAACACCAGGAGCCACUAUAGAAGCUGAACACCCUACAGCCCCGAAGACGACUACAGCUCUACAGCCAGGCCAGGUUCAUGCUCAGCACCCAAACUUAACUACAGGCACAGUUCAGCCUUUGAAUCAGACACUUACACAGCUCAACUGUGCAAAAGGAACACCACCAUUUGUGAGCUCUGUACCUGCGGACGUGAGACACUGCCAUGUCCUGGUCUCGCUGAGUGCCUGUGCCAGAGUCCAGCACCUACAAUGGCACCUUCACCUUCUUGUAAGAACGGUCCUUCCUCAUAGUUCCCUACAUCCAUCCCGCCUGUCAUGGUAGCCUUAUACGCAAGGUCUUCCUGAGCCUUCAUCAUGACCCCAACUUCAUUGACUUUAUUUUUUUUAAAGAUUUAUUUAUUUGAAAGUCAGAGUUACACAGAGAGAAUGAGAGGCAGAGAGAGAGAGAGGUAUUCCAUCCGUUGGUUCACUCCCCAGUUGGCCGCAAUGGCCAGAGCUGCACUGAUCCAAAGACAGGAGCCUCUUCCUGGUCUCCCAUGCAGGUGUAGGGGCCCAAGGUUGGGCCAUCUUCUUCUGCUUUCCCAUGCCAUAGCAGAGAGCUAGAUCAGAAGUGGAGCAGCUGGGACCCAAACUGGCACCCACAUGGGAUGCUAGCACUGCAGGCGGCGGCUUUACCCACUACGCUACAGGCCCCUGACUUUUUUAAACAUGUAUUUUUAUUUGAGAAGGAGAGGUAGGAUAACAGAGAUCUUCCAUCCACUGGCUCACCCCUCAAAUGCCAACAUAAUGGUCUGGGGCACCAGCCUGAAGCCAGAGCCCAGAACUCAAUCCAGGUCUCCCACAUGGGUGGUAAGGCCCGACUACUUGAGUCAUCACUGAUGCCUCUCAGGGUCAACAUUAGCAGGAAGCUGGGUUCAGGAGCAGGACUCAGGAAUCAACCCCAGGGACUCUGUUGUGGAUGUGGAUGUCUUGAUCUGUGUAAACGCCUGCCCCACAGGUGAGUUUCCUACUAGAUGUGAGCAUUGCUGCUCUCUCAGGGACACAUCUUCUUCCUGCUUUGCUCACCGACCAUUUAUUAUUAUUAUUAUUAUUAUUAUUAUUAAGACUUAUUUAAUUAUUUGAAAGGCAGCGUUACAGAGGGAGGGAGGGAGGAAGACAGAGAUUGUCCAUUCACUGGAUCAUUCCCUAAGUGGCCACAAUGGCUAGGGCCAGGCCAGGCUGAAGCCAGGUGCCUAGAACUCCAUCUGGGUCUCCCACAUGGGUGGCAGGGGCCCAAGCACUUGGGCCACAUUCUGCUGCCUUCCCAGGCACAUUAGCAGGGAACUGGAUGGGAAAUGGAGCAGCUGGGAACUGAACAGGUGCGCAUACGGGAUGCCUGUGUCACAGGUGGCUGUUUAACAUGUUGCACCACUAUGCCAGCCCCAUCCUUGACCUUUCUAAGUGUUCCCCUUGGAGGUUCAUGACUUGCAAGCAUCUGCCCACCACACCACCUUUGCCUACCUCUACCAUCUCCUUGCAGGGGCCUGCUUGUUCCAGCAUCAUGAGGAAAAGCAAACAUUUCCUCUCCACCUUCCUGAACUGUCUCCCAAAGCGGCUUCUCAGGGUCCCUCUCAUCGCUGCCAGCCCUGCAGGGGCUCCAGGUCACCCUGCUGCUGGUCCAUAUCCCCUGAUUUCACACUGCUCCUUUUCUGCUGGCACUGGAGGAGAGGGGGUGGGAGCCAGCUGCCAUUUCCAUUAAAAUUAAAAAAAAUAUAUAAAAUUAUUUGUAAGGCUGAGAAGGACAGAGACAGAAAACUUCAGUACACUAGUUUAUUCCCUAACUGCAAAACAGCCAGGAGCCAGGACCUCCAUUCAGGUCUCCCAUGUGGGGGACAGGGGACCAAGUACUGAGCCAUCACCUGCUCCUCCCAGGGUGUGCACUAAUGGGAAGCUGGAUGGGAACAGAGCCAGGACUCAAACCCAGGCGCUCUGGUGUGGCAUGUGAGAGUCCCCAGCGGUAUCCUGACUGAUUCCCAUUUACACCUCUGCCUAAAGCUCUGUUGGGUAAGAUUCUCUGAUGAAAGGAUUGGAGUAACUGGAGGGAAUUGCCACACGUGGAGGCUAGGCACAUGCAUUGAAUUGGGUUUCAACAACACAGUGGGCUAAGCCGCCCCUUGGAAUGUUGGCACCCAGUAAUUGCUGGUUCAGUUUCCCAGCUGCUCUGCUUCUGAUCCGACUCCCUCCCAACCCACCUGGGAAAGCAGCAGAAGACACCCCAAGUGCUUGGGCCCCUGCCACCCAUGUGGGAGACGUGGAUGAAGGUCCAUACUCCAGGCUUGUGUGUGGCCACUUGGGGAGUGACCAGCAGAUGGAAGAUGACUGUCACUCUGCCUUUCAGAUAGACAAAUUUUUUGCAAAAUUGAAGAACUCUGGAAAAGCUAACAGACGGGAUUGCUGACGAGGGAGGUACGGUAUAUCCCUCCUCAGUCUCCCAGCAAGGGAGACGCAUGAAUGAGGCGGGGACCACUUCUACAUCAGCCGGAGGUGUAAGGCUACAGGAGGCGCUUCCCUGGCUGAGGUCCAUGAAGCUCCGGCUACCUGGGCAGCGCUGAGGGCAUCGCACAGCCUGGGCCACACCAGACACCAGAUAAAUCCCCAUCACAAUGCUGUGUCCCCACGGAUGAGCGGGCAGCUUCCACGCGGGCUCUUCCCUGGCAGAGGUUUGUUGGGGGCGCUGGGUGGGGGGAGCACAACGCACACUGGUUGGUCUCCUUCCUCUUGCUACCUGGACUGAGGGUGCACCCAGAGAGACACACUUCUCUGUGCCACUCACCGCGGGCCUGCCUGCCACACAGGCCCGCAUCUCAGCUUGCCCACGCUGUCCAAGGCUAAGCCCCGGCGCCCGGGGACGGCUCAUGCCCGCCACAGGCCCUGCCCUGCAGCCAGGGUGGAAGGAGCCCUGAGGAGCUAGGAGAGGGCUUUCUGGUCCAGGAUGCCAGGAAGCGGAGUUGACCGGAGAGGGGGUGGGGGCGGGCGACUCGGGGUGCUAAUCCCAGCUUCCUGUCCGGAUUCUCCCUGCCUGCUGCUCAGGGCCUAUCUUAGGACGGCCACAGCUGCGGAAACGGAUCUCCCGCUCACCUGUUCCUAAGCAAUGCCGAGCUGGCGAGCUUCCGCCCAGAAGAAUGCCGGCUUCGGGAACUUUCCAGUCCGAGGGCCGGCGCUGAGGGUGCUGCGGCUGAACCCCCAGCCUCCGGCCUCGGAGCAGCAGUGACCGCGGCCGGGAACCGGGGGGCACAGGGCCGCAGGGGGCACGAGGAGCCGCCGAGCUCCUGGCCCCAGACUCCUGGGGAGAUGGGCUGGUGUUUCCUCCCUCGGUCUCCCCAGAAACCACUCUGCCCGAGGACGCCUCUCGGCAGGGAGCGGGUCCCGGGCCCCCCUCGCCUACACAUUCUCCACUCGCGCUGAGCCCACGGGCUGAGGUCAGGCUCCACGACUCAGAAACCAAACCUCUCUAGCCAAUCGGUCAUUCACUCAGCAAACGCGGGCCCCCUGGGGACGAGCAGGGGCCACAGGUGCAGGCAGGUGUGCGCCAGAUGCCCGGGGAGCCCCGCCCCAUGGGUAGAGACGGACGUUGGGGACCCGGCAGCCCGGGAAAAGAGGAGGGCGGAGUACGACCUGGACCCAUGCCUGGGCACCAGGGGCCGGGACAGGCACCGCGCCUGCGUGGCAGGAGCCCUCGGCGUCGCCAGUGUAGCCGGGGUAACCCGACCCAGCACUGCGGGCCAUGGCCUCCGGGGCCGGCGGGAGCUGGGGUCGCACCACGGCACCGGGUGCUGCCCCGACGCCCUGGGUGACCGUCGUGCAGCCCCCGCCGUGGGCCGCCCCGCCGCAGCCGCCGCAGCCGGGCCGCGUGAAGGAAGGGCUGCUGGAGCUGCUGCUGUUGCAGAACGCGCAGGUGCACCAGCUGCUGCUCUGCCGCCUGGCCGAGGGGGCGCUGGACUCCGCGCCCGCCUCACCCGGCCCGCAGGGCUUCCCAGAGGCUCAGCAGGGAGAGCUGGAGGAGGAGGAGCUGGGCGCCCAGGACCAAAGGCCUCUGGUGUUCCACCACCACUACCUGCCCUGCCCACUGCCCUCCCUGGGCCCCCUGCCAGCCUGGCCGGCCCCUCUCCUGCCCCCUCCGCCACAUCAGCACCACUGGCAGGAUGCACCCAGGAUUCAGCACCGUCCUCCUGCCUCCGGGAAGAGGGAGGGACUACUACGAUGCUGAGAGCCUACUCUGAGGAGCGAGACACCCAGGGCCUCGCCUGUGUCGUCCUGCUGCCCCUUGUCGCCUGCUGACUGCACCCAUGGCUGGCUGCCCUCCCUACCUCUCCGCCCCUGCCAGGCCUCUGCUCCUGCUGGCUCAGGCCCCCACCCCACUGAGUUCUGCAGGAGCUCCCUAGAGCCCCGUGCAGGGCCUGGAAACCACGGAUGCCCAACUCCGCCCACUGCUGCCCGCCUGACCAGGAGAGGCCUGGGCACCAGAGCUUCGGCCCUUCCCCCAGUCCCCAGCCUGGGAUGACAGGAGCUUGGGCCGGGAUGUCUCCUUUUGGCCCAAGGAUGGAGUCAGGGCUGCUUCUGUUACCCUGGGUCUUUGAAGGGCCUAAAGGGAGAGGCCUGGAGCCAAGCUAGCUCCCUUGGGGGCUCCUCGCCACAGGAAGAAGGAGUCUGGCCCCUGCAGAUUCCGUCCAAACCCCAGCGCCCUCUGCCAGGCAGUGCUUCUUCCUGGUCCCUGCUCCCCUGCAUUCCAGCUGCAAGGCCCUGGGGCAGCACAGCCAAGCCGCUUCCAACAGGCGCAGGUUUCCCAGUCCCUCACGGCCCUGCCCUCCACCCCCAGCCCUGCAUUUCUGGAAGGGGACAUGGAGUCUGCCCCAGCCCGCACAUAGGCCGCAUCUCACCUGUCACUGUGGCCAGUGAGUUCCCCUCACCUGCCUUGCUCUCCAGGAAGGACUCCCGCCAUCCUUUGUGUUAUCUUCUCCAGGGACAUUGAACCACAGCGAUCACAGUUAACUCUUUCCAGCUUUGAGUCUCCUGUAAACAAACUGCCUUCAUCCAAAUCAUAGGGCUGGGCAGGGGAGGGUGGAUUUGGAGGAGAGGGGCAGAACAUGACAGCCAUGGCUUACUGCCUCACCCACCGAACCUCUGUCCAAGCCCAAGUUUACAGUGACUGCCCUGCCAGCCCCGCUCCUCCAGCUCCCAUCAUCUUUCAGUAUGGUCUCCUGGGAGGCAGGCGGCAGGUCUGCUGUUCGCGUGAGCUCUGACUGCGCAUGGUGCAGACUGUGGGAACAGCCGGGGCCCGUGCUGUUUCUUUGGCCGUGUUUAAUGAAUGAAAUGCAUCAGAUAUUCAGGAAAAGGCAUCCUCCUGGCCGUCCAACACUGACCCCCGUGCAAGGCCACAGAACCCUGGCCUGCGCCAGCGUGGGGUGGGAAGGAAGCGUCUCUUCCACACGUCAGCCUCCCUCUGGAAGACCCCACUCAGGCAGCAAAGGGUGCUAUGGGCUGCUCUCCUUCCUGGCCUGUACCAUUUCAAGACCAUCUUCUGGCGGAGGGUGCGGCCCUAGGUCCAAGUGUUGCUCCUGGUGGCCCCUGGGGGCUGAGGGGGAGAGGAGCAGGGUCUGGGCGGGCAGCCUCCCAGCAGUCCCUGUUCAGCUCUGGUGGGGCUGGUGGGCCCUGCAGGGGGGACUCCAGCGUGUGUGCCCACUGCUCUGCUUGUUGAGCUACCUCUGUGGGGUUUCUCCCCUCCAAGGCAUCUCAGCCUGAAACUCCACUGCAGGUCAGCCCACAUCAACGCUCAGGGACCUCCCAUGGGCUGUUUCAAAGAAGCCUUCCCCAAACGGCCAGCAAGGAGGAUAUUCCCGGCCCUGCCCUGCUGUGGACACCAGGACCCUGUCCUCCCAGUGUGUGGGCCUGCCAGAGGCCUCACCAGCACCCCAGCAACAAGGAGACAGCAGAUACCCAGACACCCGUUUGGGUGCGGUGCCUCAGGCUUCCUGAUGAAACAAAGCACAGACUCCCAAAUCUAAAACUACUUUAUUUGUGAUUGGCUCAGAAGGUGCCAUGAUCAAUCAGCAGAAUUAUAAAACUGUACAGGAGGUACAAAAAUAGGCCAUUAACUCUGAUAAUGACCCUCACAUCAUCAAGCUUUAAAAAUACACGUAGAAGGUGUACAAUCUGGCAGUUUAUAAAAUAUAAAGCUAAAAAGGAUUUUAGGUUCGACAAAAAGGAUUGUAUCACACAACUAACAUAUACCAAUUCAACAAUUAACCCGAGAAGACACACGGCACAGAGAUUUCUAAAAAAUCUAAAAAUUAACAGUUUACCCCGACCAAAUUACUCACCCUUUAAAGGACAAGACCACUUGCUGUAAGGCAUCCAUCUCAGGGAAGGGUACAGGGUAACUUUUCCAGUUCUAACAUGGUUAGGGGUGUUGUCCAAAACAAUUCUGAUAUGCUUUGAGCAAGUGCAAUUGUAACUGGAUACACUUCAGAGUAAAAAUUAAAUACAUAUAAAUAGGUUAAAUAAAUAGAGGUCAUUGCAAAAAGAACACUACACAAGGUCUGCACCUGCCGACGCCACGCAGCUGACAGUAAUGCUUAGGUAGGCGGGAAGCCCCGGCACAGCUUCUCCUGAAGAGGAACACUGCAUCCCCAACACAACGCGGAGCAGAGCGGCCGCAGGCACGGCUGCUCCGGGGAGGCUCGCUGCGGGCGCCCGUCACGGCCAGAGCUACUGUUUCAUGAAGAAAGCAAAGUCUUGCACGAGAACAGAUACUUUGGUUUAAAGGAGAACGGCCCAGUCCUUGAGGGCGGAUUCGGGCGGCCCUGAGGGGACACCUGGUAAAUCUUCCUGGGAGAGCCCAGGCGGGCAGGGACAGGGUGUGAGGGAAACAGCAGCUGGGAAGAAAGGCAAACAGCACGGCGGGAGACCGCUGCAGGGGAAAGUAAAAGGGCUCCUUCCAGGGGCGCGCGCUCCCCCAGCUCUCCGAGGACAGAGGCUGCAGGUGGAGCUGGCCCGCCCUCUAAGGGAACCCCAAGGCUGGGAGCCAACGAACAGGGAAGACAAAGGGGAUGCCAGGAACAGAGCAUGGGACGGUCUCAGGAAAACCAACUUGGCUGAAGUUCAACUUCCGAAAUGACAGCAGCCACACGGAGCAAGGCCUACAGCCGUGAGGGCUCCGUCAGCAGCCAGCUGACCCCUGCUGCCGCGGCACGGGGGACUGCCCAUGACAGCCUCUGGCGGCCGAGGGACUUACCCAGCCACACCUGUGCUCCCCCAGAUGCAAAUGCUUUGCA